AUGGCUCUGGACAGCGGACGUAGGGACCUGCUGUGGAACACGCUGAGGGAGCUGGGGGAGGAUGACUUUGAGUCCUUCAGGUUCCACACGGGCCUGCCUAGAAGCGUGCGUGAAAACACCUGCCGUGAGUACAUUGCUGACAAGCUCUUGAUUAAGCACGGUGAGAACACUCUGGAUGAGACCGUCAAGAUUCUGGAGAAGAUCGAGAACAACGAUUUGGCCGAGAAGCUGCGCAGUGACAUGCUGAAAGUUAAAGGCGCCGACUUCUCCGUCCACGAUGACGAUCAGAUUGCCAGAUUGAAGAGGGAGCUCCAAGACAACCUGCGGCGUUUAUACAGCUUUGCUUCCGAGGGCAACACCGAGCGCUGGCAGCAGCAGCAGCCCUUGGAGAACGUCUACACGCAGCUAGACAUUACCUACGGGGCAGACGUCAGCCCGGACGGGCGGCAUGAAGUCCUCCAGAUGGAAACGUGUGACGGCGCGGCCAAGCAGUCGAUCCUGCCGUGCGACAUCUUCAAAAGCCCCGACGGGAACCGGCGACCGAUACGUACGAUGCUCACCGUCGGCUUCGCGGGAAUAGGAAAAACCUUCCUGAUUCAAAAGUUUGUCUGGGACUGGGCCAGCGGUAGUGCUAACCAGGACGUGGACUUCAUAUUUCCUUUCACCUUCCGCGAGUUAAACAUGGAGAAAGGGGAGAGCUUUACGUUGGCCGAAUUGAUCCAAACUUUUGCCUGCGGAGACAGUCACAUGCGCGAGAGACUGAACGAGAUAUUUAUCUAUCUGCAAACUUCUGGGAAGCAGGACUUUGAAAGCAGCGGGAUCAAGAUCUUGUUUAUCCUCGACGGACUGGACGAGUGCAACUUCAAAAUCGACUUGAAGAAAGCGAGGAAAGUGAACAAGAACGUGAAGGAAAGCUACCCGCUAGAAGUACUGCUGGCGUAUCUCAUCAAAGGGAACCUGCUUCCGUGCGCCAGGGUUUGGAUCACCACGCGGCCCGCGGCAGCCCGCGAUAUCCCCGCCGACCUCAUCGACAGCAGAACAGAGGUGGGAGGAUUCAGCGAUUCCCGGAGGCUGGAGUACUUCAGGAAAAGGUUCCCAAAUGAGGAGCGUGUCAUUGAGCACAUUCGGAAAUCUCGCACCAUCUUCAUCAUGUGCCAUAUUCCCAUCUUCUGCUGGCUCACCGCCACAGUUCUUCAGGUUCAUUUGGACAAAGGGAAGGAGGGAGAGCUUCCCACAACGCUGACUGACAUGUACUCAGCGUUUAUUGGUCACCACCUGGAAAACUCCAAGGAGAGAAAUACAGCGGAGUACAUCCCUGACGUGAAAGCGCUCGCCAAACUGGCCUUUGACCACACCAUGAAUCAGUGUCAGAUCUUCUACGAGAAAGACCUGGAGGACAGCUGCUUUGAUUACAGCCAAGCAGCAAAACACUGCGGUUUAUUCACAGAGGUCUUUAAGGAGAUCCAUCCGCUCAAAAGCAAGAAACAAAAGAUGUUUCAGUUUAUCCACCUCACCAUCCAGGAGUAUCUGGCCGCACUGUACGUAAAGAUGUGUUUCUUCCACGACAACAAGAACGUACUGGAUACAUCAAGAUGGAAAAAAUUGUUCAUGCCUGUUAAGCGGAAGACAAUCACUGAGGUCCACAAGUCAGCUCUCCAGAGAGCCUCGGAAAGUGAAGGAAACCUGGAUAUGUUCCUCCGCUUCCUCGUUGGUCUUUCAUUGCAGUGCAACCAGGAAAUAGUAGGGGCACUGCUGAAGGUUCCUCAUGACUGGGAGCAAAGCAAGUCAAAGACAGUCGAGUUGAUCAAGGAAAGGAUCAAACAGAACACUCCAGAGAAGAAUGUCAACUUGUUCUACUGCCUAAACGAGCUGAAGGACGACUCCUUGCUGAAGCAGAUCCAGUAUCAACUAGGUUCAGGUCGUUUGUCCAGGCGUCAAAUGUCAAAUGACAUGUGGUCGGCCCUGGCCUUCUUCUUACUUACAGACGACAAAACCAUGAAGUCCUUUUGUCUUGCCAACUACUCCCGAUCGCCUUUGGGACUCGAAAAGCUGCUGUUGGUGGUCAAGGCUUCUCAAAAAUCAGAUCUAAGUAAAUGUUGGCUUGACAAAGGCAGCUGUUACCUGCUGGCUUCCGUUCUCAGUUCUCCAUCCAAUCUGAGGCAUCUGGACCUGAGCUCCAACUACAACGUGUCGGACGAGGAAGUCGAGAUCCUCUCAAAAGGACUGGCUAGCCCACACUGCAACUUAGAAGUCCUCACGCUGUCAUGGUGCAGGAUCACGAGUAAAGGAUGUGUUUCAUUGGCUGAGGCUCUCAAGGUAACACCCUCCCAUCUUCAAGAGCUAGACCUGACCAGGAACAAUGUGUCAGAUGAUGGGGUCGAGAUCCUCUCGAAAGGACUGGCCAGCCCACACUGCAUCUUACAAAUCCUCAAUCUGGAACACUGCAGGAUCACCAGUAGAGGAUGUGUUUCAUUGGCUGAGGCACUGAAGGUAACCUCCUCACAUCUUCAAGAGCUGGACCUGAACGGGAACAAUCUGUCGGGUGAAGGGGUUGAGAUCCUCUCGAAAGGACUGGCCAGCCCACACUGCAUCUUAAAAGUCCUCAAGCUGUCAUGGUGCAGCAUCACGAAGAAAGGAUAUGUUUCAUUGGCUGAGGCACUGAAGGUAAACCCCUCCCAUCUUCAAGAGCUGGACCUGAGCAGGAACGAUCUGUCGGAUGAAGGGGUCGAGAUCCUCUCGAAAGGACUGGCCAGCCCACACUGCAUCUUAAAAGUCCUCAAGCUGUCAUGGUGCAGCAUCACUCAGCGAGGUUGCAUUUCAUUGGCUGAGGCACUGAAGGUAACCACCUCCCAUCUUCAAGAGCUGGACCUGAGCUACAACUAUCUGCCGGAUGAAGGGGUUGAGAUCCUCUCGAAAGGACUGGCCAGCCCACACUGCAUCUUAAAAAUCCUUAAGCUGUCAUGGUGCGGGAUCGCAGAUACAGGAUGCAUUUCAUUGGCCAAGGCUCUCAAGUUAAACCCCUCCCAUCUUCAAGAGUUGAAUCUCAGGGACAAUCGAAUAGAGGAAAAAGGAAAGAGGGUCUUAUUGGACAUCAAGGAGGAUCCCAGCUAUAGCCUGAAGACGGUCAAAUUUAACGACUAG